AUAGUAUUUUUUGAAAUGCGGUCACUCUGUUGUGGAGCGAUGGGAGCAGGCGACAAAACCCGAACGGACACGACACGAGAGAGCAACACAGCGAGAGAGUGAAUGAGUGAGAGAGCGAGCGAUUUGUGGGCAACGCUCCCGCUAUUUUCCCACUGUUGUUGGUGGGACUUUUGCGCUGCGGCCGCCAAAUUUUUCAACACGCCGAAUUCGCGGCCAGCAGCAGCAGCAACGACAGCAGAGCAGCAGCCGAGUUGAGUGGAGCGAAGCUAGCGAGCAGUGAACAGUUUUCGGCCCCAGUCAGAGCGCACCAUCGUCUUCAGCGAAGCACAAGCACAACACACAAAAAUCGCUAGGUGUGUACGACGUUACGGGGGCACUGCUGCUUGCCUUUGCUUGCUGCUGCCACACACAGAGAAUACAAUUUUCACAUUUUCACACAAGUGGGAAAGAAAAAAAAAUGUACAAGAAAAGAAGAAAAACUUGAAAACGACGUUCUACACUUUGUGCAAAAUUUUCCAUAAACAAUCGCAACGCGAAAUCACAAAAAAACGUAACAAAAAUUUGCAAAAUUGAGCAAAAAAAAUUAUAGUGAAAUAAGAAAAAAUCAAAAAUCAAGUGCAAACUCGACAAAAAAAAAGGAGAAAAAAACACAAGAGGGAGAAAAGGAAGAAAAGCAGCAGUGAAAUGUGUGUGUAACCCCAAAUGAAAAUCAAAAUGAAAAUGAAAACGAAAUAGAAGUAGAAAAUGGCAAAUAAUAAUUGUAAUUGUGCAAAUUUGCAGCAACAGCAACAGCAGCUUCAUCAGCUUUGCGAAUUGCCAUCGACAUCGUCGUCGCCGUCGUCGUCUACGUUGUCCAGCUAAAAUAUAUGUAGUGCAACGCUUAAAGUGCAAACUCAACGUGAAUUGUAAAUAAGUAACAAAAAGUAUAAAAACAACAAAGAAACAAAAGAAACAAACAAACAACAACAAGCACUCCACCAAAGAAGUAUAUAAUUAUAAAUUUACAACUAUAACUACAAAAAUGAUAUACAUAUAUUAUUAGCAACCAAUAACUAUUAUUAAACAAAACGUAAACUUAAAUCUAAACAUAAAUGUAGCCUUCAAAACAAAACCACGAAACCACAAAACAAAAUACAACAACAAGGUUUAUAAAUCCAAAUUAAGGUAAAUAAAUAAUCAUUGGAAACAAAGAAGUUGAGUGGCUGCAAAGUGACGCAGAAGGGGGCGCAGAGGGGCGCACAAUUCCGGCAAGCAAAUGUCUGGAUAAGCACAACAAACAACCAGUUGACCAAUGGAUGAAAAUGCAGCCGUCGUCGUCAUUUUUGUCGUCGUCGUCGUUGUCCAUUUGUCAUCGCUAUUGUCGUCAGCAGUCACAGUCUCAGCAACAGCAGCAUCAGCCGCAACCGCAGCCGGAAUCGGUGACGCUGCCCCAGCAACAACAACAACAACUUCAACUACAACAGCAAAAGCAACAACAACAACAGCAACCAAAACACCAAAGGACAAGAAGAACAAGAGCAACAACAGUAAAGAGAACAGCAACAGAAAAAGCCGAAGCAGCAAUCGAGAAACGCAAUCGGUAUCGUUGUUAUCGAUUGCUCACGCUGCCAUCGCUAUUGCAGUCGCUGUCAGGAACAAGCACAAGAAGCACAAGAAGCUCUGCUCUGCCACUGCCUCAGCUGGCUGCGGUUUAGUUCGCAUCUCCAGCCAUCUCUAUAGUUAGUUGGACAAAGCAACAAACAAACAAAGAAAGUAAACAAACAAAAAGAAAAACGAAAACGAAAACAAGCAAAACUACAAAAAACCCAUCAGCAACAAGAGCAACAAGAAAACACCAAUUAAGCAACAAACGCUUCUCUCUAUAUAACAAUUAUAACAACAAUAGUAGUAACAAUAGCACACACAAAAGUCUCGUGCCAACCACAACAAGUAACAACAACAACAACAACAACAAAUAACAAGAACAACCAACAACAACAAGGCCAAUUCUUAACGAUCCCCACGCAUUUUUAGUGAAAAAAUACCAAGAAUACUAAAAAAGGAAAAAGAACAAGAAAAAUACUAAUAACGGCGCCGAGGCCGCCAACCGCCCCCCACCCGGAAACUGAAAGCUCUGAAAGCAGUAGCAUCCAAACAAAAUGGCGGAUGGUGGGCAUUCAUUUGUGAAGAAGACAUUUCAUAAGCCAACUUACUGUCACCACUGCUCGGAUCUGCUCUGGGGCCUCAUUCAGCAGGGCUACAUAUGCGAAGUUUGCAACUUUAUCAUACACGAACGAUGUGUCAGCAGCGUGGUAACGCCCUGUUCCGGCAUUGCGCCAUGCAUUAUAAAGAAUCCCGUCGCCCAUUGUUGGUCGGAGCCGACUCAUCACAAGAGAAAAUUUUGCACUGUUUGCCGUAAGCGAUUGGAUGAAACGCCAGCGGUGCAUUGUUUAGUUUGCGAAUAUUUCGCGCAUAUUGAGUGCCAAGAUUUUGCAGUGCCCGAUUGCACCGAGAAUGCAACAUACGUGCCCGGCAAGGAGUUGCUUAAUGUGAAGCAUCAACAUCAUUGGCGAGAGGGUAAUCUUCCAUCAACGUCCAAAUGCGCUUACUGCAAGAAAACCUGUUGGUCUUCGGAAUGCCUCACAGGCUAUCGCUGCGAGUGGUGUGGCAUGACCACACACGCUGGAUGUCGCAUGUACCUGCCAACCGAAUGUAAUUUUGGUAUACUACAACCUAUCUACUUACCUCCGCAUUCAGUUUCGAUACCACGUACUGAGGUGCCAAUCGAGGCGAUCAUUGGCGUCCAAGUCAAAUCCAAGACGUCGCUGGUGCGCGACUACUCGUGUCCCAGCCCGGAGCUCGAUGCUGAGGCCGCGGCUGGUGGUGAUGGUGGUGGUGACGUUGGUGCAGCGGGUUUCGAGGGUCUCAAGCAGCUGCUCGAAUUGCACAGGCAGCGACUUGAGCAAUCGAAACAACAUUUUUUACUUUCAACGCCGACCACGCCCACAUCCUGUGGCUCCAUCUCGCUCUGUGUCUCGCCAACGCCCUCGUUGACAGUCGGCAACGAAUCGAGCCACGAUCAGGGGGAUCAGCAAACGGAACAGGAAGAACCCGAACCCGAUGACGAUGACUAUGAUCUGCAGUGCAAUACAACCGAGCACGAUAGCGCGGUGCCCACAACAACAACCACGUCGAGCAAUGUGCUGCAAAAGUCGCCUUCGACCAACUCCUCGUUGCAUUUGCUCUACACGAGCUUGUUCCGCAAACUGGCCCACGGUCAGGGACGUAGUCGAGGUCGUCGUCGUGGGGAACUCUCCGACGAUGACGGAGACGUGGAUGACGAUGAGGUCGAUGGCGGUGUCUGUGAUAUAAGCGGAGGGGAGCUGAGCGAUGAGUACGAUCACUGCGAUGUCUCGUUGCGCAAACGUUCGGCACGGAGAACGCAGCGUGAGGUCAGCGAAACGGAUUACCAUGGCGACGUUGAGCUGGAGACGGCGCCGCGAGAGAGUUGCUAUGAGAUCUCAUCCGAUACGGGUGGCGAGUUAACGAACACGGAUGAGCUCGACUCGAGCAUGAAUCUGAUCAGCAACCUUAGCUAUAAUAGUAGUAAUAGUAACACCUCAAACACAUCUGCCAAGGCAGCUCCUGAAGCUCAUGCUGCUACUGCUGCUGCUGCUGCUGCCGGUGCUGCAGGACACGCCUUAAACCCAAAGACUGCUGCUCUACUCAAAGCCAAGCCGAAACCCAAGCCAAAGACCAUACUCAGUGCGCCCAAGCACAGCAAAGGCGGCUCGGUGAGCUCACCCAAUUCCAGCGAUUGCUCCUCGGCAUCGCCAGCCCAACUGCAACUGCAGCAGCUGCCACUGUCGCCCGUGGGUCGCAGCAAAUCGUUCCAGGAGCCGGGCAUUGCCCGUUACAAGAAGUACGGUCGUGGGCUCUUUCAGCGCCGACGCUCGAAACGUUCGCCCAAAGGCGGCACCAAGAGCAAUUACAGCCUCGACAGGCUGUCACAGAACAUUGAGAUUACCAUACAGGAUGAGGAUGGCAACUAUCAGGCGUACGACGACAACUUUCACACAUUAGCAGCCGCUCGUCGUCUGCCUCAUCACGAUACGACGGACGGCGACGAUGAUGUGGAGUAUGAGGAUUUGUAUCUGGAUGAGCGACUACGCGGCGGUGGUGGCCACAGUGGCGAUGACAUUGCCGGCGAUAUUAGCGAUGGCGGCGCCAGCAGUCGAUCCCGUCGUUCCCACGACGACGAUAAUCAGGGCCAUGUCCUGGGACGUCUGUUGCGCCGUGUUCGCGGACUCUCCGCCGGCUGGCGCAAGCCGCGUUACCAGAAGCGCAGAGCACGCAGCAUAUCGGAGGAGUUCAGUAGCGGAGAUGCGCCUCGCUUCAAGGAUGAGGAGUCGCUGGGCAAGGCCGAGUCCUCGCAUGGCAUGAGUGCUGCUGGCGCUGCUAGCGGCAGCGGAGGAGCAGCAGGAGGCGGUGGCGGUGGUGGUGGCAGCAGUGGGGCAGCUGGAGGUGGUGCAACAGGUGGUGCUGGCAGCGGUUCUUCCACUUCGGCACACUAUCGCGCCGAGUCGAGUGGCCACAAGUCGGACAAGUCCGAGAAGGAUCGCGAGAAGAAGGAAAAAGAACGCGAGGAGAAGGAUAUAGAAAUGAUCAAGGUCUUUGAUGGCAACAACUCAUUCCGGCGACAGCAGUAUCGUGCCAUCAUCGUGCAGCGAACGUACACGCUGGAACAAUUACUGACCACCGCCCUGCGGGCCUUUCACAUCACCCGUGAUCCGCAGGCCUUCUAUCUGACGGAUCUGUAUGCAGCCGCCGGCAUGGAGGAUGCACCGCUGCAGGAUCCGACGCCAGUGCUGAAUUUGACACACUUGGAGGGCAAACGACCCGCGAUGUAUCUCAGGUUUCACGACCGGGACAGGGGCCAUGUGCGCGUCUAUCCGGGCAAAUUGCAAUGCUCAUUGGAGGAUCCCUAUGUCAGUGUGCCUGUCGACAAUACGACAGUCAUCAAGGACUUGAUACGCGACGCACUCGACAAGUUUGGUCUGCAGGACAACCAAAUACAGGACUAUAGAUGCUCGGAAGUCCUGCUCGAUCGCGGCGUUACCGAGCGCAUUCUUUCGUGGAACGAACGGCCGUGGGAUAUUAUGAAGCAGCUGGGCAAGGAUUCCAUACGUCAAAUGGAACUGAUGCGCUUCUACAUGCAGCACAAACAGGAUCCCCAUGGACCAAACAUUGCCCUCUUUGUGGGCAAUCUACCCACAGGACUCUCUCAGCGCAACUACGAGCAGAUCCUCAACAAAUAUGUGACCGACGAGAACAAAUUCACCAGCAUUGGACCCAUCUACUACGAGUACGGCUCAGUGGUGCUAACCUUUGAGGAUUCCCAAAAGGCGGUGCGCGCUUUCUACAAUUUGCGCGAAACGAUAAUUGAGGACAAGAAGCUGUUGGUGCUGCUGCUGCCGAACAUUGAACCCAGUAUGGUCCCAUCGGACGUUAGACCGCUGCUAGUCUUUGUGAAUGUCAAGUCUGGCGGCUGUCAGGGACUGGAGUUAAUAUCGAGCUUUAGGAAACUCCUGAAUCCGUAUCAGGUCUUCGACUUGGACAACGGCGGACCGUUGCCAGGCCUCUAUGUAUUCCGUCAAAUCACCAACUACAAGAUCCUAGUGUGCGGUGGCGACGGCACCAUUGGCUGGGUGCUGCAGUGCCUGGAUAAUGUUGGUCAAGACUCGGAAUGUUCUAGCCCACCGUGUGCCAUUGUACCUCUAGGUACAGGCAACGAUCUAGCACGCGUCUUAUGCUGGGGUUCCGGCUACACCGGUGGCGAGGAUCCCCUCAAUAUGCUGCGCGAUGUUAUUGAGGCGGAGGAGAUACGUUUGGAUCGCUGGACCGUUGUCUUCCAUCCGGAGGAUAAGCCCGAAGAGCCAGCGAUGAAGCCGCCCGCACAAACAACCGGUGGCGCCCAAAACGAGGACAACUCACAGAUCUUUGUGAUGAACAACUAUUUUGGUAUUGGCAUCGAUGCCGAUCUCUGUCUGGACUUCCAUAAUGCACGCGAAGAGAAUCCCAAUCAGUUCAAUUCCCGCCUGCGCAACAAGGGAUACUACGUGAAGAUGGGAUUGCGCAAGAUUGUGGGUCGCAAGACGGUCAAGGACUUGCAGAAGGAGCUGCGGCUGGAGGUCGACGGCAAAGUCGUCGAUCUGCCACCAGUCGAUGGCAUCAUCAUUUUGAAUAUAUUGAGCUGGGGAAGCGGUGCCAAUCCCUGGGGUCCCGACAAGGACGAUCAGUUUAGUACGCCCAAUCACUAUGAUGGCAUGCUGGAGGUUGUGGGCGUUACAGGCGUCGUCCAUUUGGGUCAGAUACAGUCUGGCAUUCGCACGGCGAUGCGCAUAGCACAGGGUGGACACAUUAAAAUCCACUUGAACACCGACAUGCCAGUGCAAGUGGAUGGUGAACCAUGGAUCCAGAGUCCUGGUGACGUUGUGGUCCUCAAGUCAGCGCUUAAGGCCACCAUGUUGAAAAAGAACAAACUCAAAAUGAAACGGCGCAACACGGAGCCUACGAUGCUCGUCGCUGGCUCAGCGACCCCGCAGCUCUCCCUCGCCCUGCCACCCAGUGUGGGGGAAGUGGGCGAUGCCGCUGAGGCUGGGGAUGCGGGGCCCAAUAAUACGGAUUUCUGAAUAUGGUAUAGCGAGCGUCUGAUUUAACGUGCUAAUUACAGCAGCCUCAACAACAACCUCAACAACAACAACAACAAGCAGAACAUCCACAACAACAACUGAACAUAAGAACAAGAAAAACAUAGAUCCAAUUCAUAUAUUAAAAAUAGCCAAAGCAUUGAACUCGGAAUCAAAAGUUGAAAAUCAAAAUUAACUCUUGUAUAUGUAUGUAUGUAUGUGUGUGUAUAUCUAUUCGUAUGUAUGUAUGUAUAUGUAUAUACUAUAUAGAGAUGAUGUCCUCAAAUUUAUCAUUAUCAUCGUGUUAUCAUUAUCAUUGUCUGAAAUAAGUACGUUAAAUGCAAAGCGCUCGAACAACAUAAUUACGAUAUGUAUAUUCAAUAACAAGAACAACAACUACUACUACUACAAUUACUACUACUACUACAACUACUACUGCAACUACAACUACUACUAUUACUAUGUACUACGUACUACGAUUACUGCAGUACUUGUGCAACACUUAAAAUUUACGAUAAGCUGGCUACCGUUAUCGAUAUGCCAAGUUUUAUCCUUACACGCACACACACUCAACAAUAGUCUGGGCAAAACGUUGUAUCAAAUUUGAAGUUCAAUUAUGUUCCUUAUCGUUUUGUUCCUAAGUAUGUACAGUGACAAAAACAAAAACAAAAAGAGCAACAUAAAACAGAAAACCGAUUAGUGAUUAAAAGAGUUCUAAAGCAAAACAAACCCAAAACAAUGUAAGCGCGAGCGAAACAACAUUAUACAAAAUAGUACAAAAUUUAAUUGUUAAUAAUUGUUUAAAACAAAAGCAACAAAAGUAAUACCUAAUGAGACAACAUGUAAAUUAAGCUGCAGCUCUAACCACGGUGCCCCAACCACACCUAUCCCACUAGGGUCCUGAUACUCUCACUGGGGUCGUGGUACUCCAUUUAAACCUUUUCCUGGGGUCCCUGGUCACGCAGUGAAACAACAACAAAAAAAAAAACACUCGGCAAUGUAAAACAAGAAAACAAAAUACCAAAAUGAAAAAAUGAGAGAAACGAAAAAGAAAAAUCCAGUACAACAGAUGCGAGAAAAUUUAUGCGAAGCGUUCGCUGCAAAUUGCAUAGUUUGUUUAAACUAACUAAUUGGGACGCAAAACAAAUUCGUACUAGAAUAUUCGAAAUUCGUAGGGCUACCUAGAGCCACAACGAUUGAUAUUGGGACAACCUACCACAGCAUACAUAAUGGAAAAAAUAUAGAAAUUUUGAGUAGAGUGCGUCUAUGCCGAGCAUAAACGCACAUAAAACGUAACGAGAACACGUGAAUGGUAUUUAUCGAUAAAUUUGGAUUGUGCAAUUGGUAUGAAUUUUCUCCGCUCUUGUGCAGAAAUCAUAAAAUGUAAACGAAUGCAUUUUUCAAGCAAAAACAAAAACAAAACCAAAGAAAACAAAACAAAAAUAAAAACUGGAAGAAAACAAUGUGCCUAAACACGAUGGGCACUGUCACGACUGUCUGUCAGUUAGUCAUUCAGUCAGUCAGUCAAUCGGUCACAUUUGGGCGCGUAAGUAUUUCAUGUGCAUUUGUCUUAAAUGAACAUUUUUGGAUGUUUGAAUCCGCUUAAACCACAAAAGUAAAGCAAAGCAAAAAUGGUAAUGAAAGAAGAAGCUUAGAAAAAUGAAGAAUAAAAAAUACAAAUUACAAAAAAAAAGAAGAAAAAGAAAGAACCCGAAAAAAACUACAAUUUCAACUUCAAAACGCUUAUAAAGAAAACAAUUUUUGAACAAUUUUUAUAACUUAUUUGGACAUUAUGUCUUUUGUUAGACACAAGACAAGUACAACCACAACAACAACAACAGGAUGGGAUGGGGCGAAUGGGCAUGGUCUGCCAAUGCGUAUAUUCGCAUGUCCAAGCGUUCCAUCCCUCCACACUACACUGCGUGGAGGCGAUUGGGGCUAAGAAUAUACGCUUCCAUUGCGGACAUCGUAUAUGGGAAUUGUAUGCAGAAUGGCUCUAAGCGUUUCCACCUAUUACAGACACAACACGCACAUCAUGUUCACACACACACACAAGCAGACCGUUAUUCCGUCAUACCGUUAUACUGUUAUGAACGACGGAAAUCGCAUAGCAGUAACAAAAAAAAAGAUGAAUACUUUCGACACGAAAAAUUUAUGCACAUUUUGUUGACGAUUUCAAAAAGAAAUGAUUGCAAACAAACCAUCAAUUUUAUGUUCAGCAAAUCACCUUUGACCAGCUGCGAUUAAGGGGCUCAGUGCCUGUGGUUAAUCAGAGCACAGACGAUUUCCGUAAUUUUCCGAGUAACCUGCGCACGCUUGGCCCGCCAACCAGUUGGCUAUGCAAUGGAAAGCAACAAAACAAAGAAAAACCAAAAAAAAAAACAAAUGCGCGUCAAAAUUAAGCAUUCUAAAUAAGUAAUUUCAUUGUGUUUUAUUAUUACAAUUAUUUGGCUAUCAAAAUUAAAACCCAAUUCGAAAACACUACAAUCCUAAAUUGCGUAGCCAACUACUUUUGCCGGCGUGCGUCGCGUUGCCAACUUAUCCAAUUCACGCAUUUGAGCCGCGAAUCUUCCUCGAUUCCAAACUUGAACUGCCCCAUUUUGAUGGAUUGGAUCGAUUAGCCACUAGCACAUAAAUUGCAGCUCGCAGGAGAUUUGAAUUAUUCCUUGUUUCUACACAAAUAAACCACAACACUAAAAACAACAUGCACACGGUUUUUUCCAAACAAAAAAAAAAAACAUUUUUGUUAUGUUUUUUAAAUGUAUUAAAAAAAAAGAAAACAAAAAAAAAUAAACAAAACCAAAAGAAUUUAGUGUAAGUAAAAGAAAAAAACAAAACCCAAAAAAAAUAUUACUAUAAUACGCUAUUCAAAGAAAUCCAAAACAUAAUUACCAACACAAAAAACAAAAUUCAAAAAAAAAUAUUAAAAAAAUAACAAAAAACCAAAAACAACUAAAAAUACUAAUUAUAGUACAUACAU